AUGUCAAGCCCCAACGUCACCCAGCGUCGCGCCUUUCGGCGCACUGACGAUUAUACUCCCGGUACCGCAAAACUCAGGCUUGUACAGGAAGCACUCCAGCUCCCCCUUGCCCCAACAUCAGUUCUGAUCAAGGUCCAUGCUGUGGCUCUCAACUACCGUGAUGCCAAUAUCGCGAAUGGAGGAAAUCCGUGGCCAAUAACCCCUCACGGCAUCUUGUGCAAUGACGCUGCAGGCGAGAUCAUUGCUAUCGGAGAUAAGGUAAAGGCCUUCGAAAUAGGUGAUCGAGUUGGGCCUAUCACGGAUACGGAAAAUGUUUCGGGACGUGAGACGAAACGGUCGUGGCUGGCAGCAGAUGAGGAUGGAGUCAUGGCGGACCAUGUAAUCUUUGACGAGCGUGUAUUGUGCAAGCUCCCAACUUAUCUUGAUUGGAUUGAUGCCUCGAUCAUACCCUGCGCUGGUGUCACCGCAUGGUCGGCCUUGAAGGGUAUGAGUAUUGGACAGACCGUAUUGAUUCAAGGAACCGGUGGUGUGAGCGUUUUUGCACUUAAACUCGCAAGAGCUGCGGGUCUUCGUGUGAUCUUGACAUCCUCAAGCGACGCAAAGCUUGAGCAAAUGAGACAAAAGUUCUCCGACCCACCAAUUCUCACUGUCAACUAUUCGAAGAUCCCAGACUGGGAUCAGGAGGUUAUGAAGCUCACUGGCGGAAAUGGUGUCGAUAUCGUUGUUGAGAACGGCGGAACCGGAUCUUUGGUCCAAAGUCUCAAGUGCACGAGACGCGGAGGUGUGGUCAGUCAGGUCGGAUAUCUUGGUAAACAAGAUCCAGCUCAUCUGCGCGAACUAGUGCCGACUAUCAUUGACCGGAGAAUCAAUCUUAGGGGCAUUAAUGCUGGCUCUAGGUUCGAUAUGGAGGACUUCUGCGCUGCUCUCGAAGCAGCACAGACACCGCUCAAUGAUCUUAUUGAUAAGGUCUUUCCCUUUGAGGAGGCUGAAGCCGCUGUCGAAUAUGUUUGGCAGGGCAAGCAGAUUGGGAAUGGAGCCAAAAGUCUUGGCUAA